AACAAUAUUUGUCUGAAUGUGUCACCUUUUUCCUUAUCAUCCGAAACAAUUCGCUAACAAACCAUAAUCUGGAUAUGGUUAAUUCAUGCAUCUUUAUGGUAUCCAUGUCAUCAUUUUUAUGACUCGGAUCGUGUCACCGUAUGAAUAUCUUAUCCCCUCCUCCCAGAUCCUAAUGCCCAUUCUUCUCUCCCUCUCAUCCACCCUUAUUUAUAAGAACAAAAUUUUGUUUUCACUUUUCUGGGGUUGAUUAAAAAUGUCAUCUUUUGAUUAGAGAGGUUUUGGGUUUCUGGUUUGGAGUUGUGAUCGUUGUUCUUGGGUUUCUUGAGGUUGGAAGAAUAACAAGACUUGUAGCUUUAAUAUGAAUCAUAGUAUUGUUUUGUUGCAUAGUCUGUUUUUAUUUAGUUUCUUCGUUUUUUAAUUUUGUUUAAAUCGGAAAUUAUUCAACUUUUGGAGUUAAACAUAGGACACACCCACACCUUUAUCAUUUUGUGAGAUCCUAGUGUGAAUUCUUUUCUUAUUGUACUCUUUGAUACUAAUCACUAACAUCGAAAACAAAAUACAGAUCUUAGUAUACUGGGUGACUCUAAUAUAUUAUUUAAUCCCUUGGUAGUAUUUAGUUUUGAUUUGUGAGAAGGACAAUAUUUGCCUAGAGUUUUUUGGUCAAGGGAGGAUGGAUCAAAUUAGUGAUGAGGCUAGUGUUGACCAUUUUCCAAUUGGUCCUUCAGACAUUCUUGGUAGGACAAUUGCUUUCAGGAUUCUUUUUUGCAAGUCUAUGUCCCAUUUUAGGCACCAGAUAUUUUAUAUGUUGUUAGAUAUGUUUUAUAGGUUUAGGGGGUUUUUGUCAUCCUUUAUAUCAUGGUUGCACCCCAGAAACCCGCAGGGGAUAUUGGCAAUGAUGACAAUAGUUGCUUUCUUGAUGAAACGAUACAAACAUGUGAAGGUAAGGGCUAAAAUGGCAUAUAGGAGGAAGUUUUGGAGAAACAUGAUGAGAACUGCUUUGACCUAUGAGGAAUGGGCCCAUGCAGCUAAGAUGCUUGAUAAAGAGACUAUAAAGAUGAAUGAAUCAGACCUUUAUGAUGUGGAAUUGGUUAGGAACAAGCUUCAAGAGCUACACCACCGUCGACAAGAAGGAUCUCUUAGAGAUAUAAUAUUUUGUAUGCGUGCCGAUCUUGUUAGAAAUUUAGGUAAUAUGUGUAAUCCUGAACUACACAUGGGUAGGCUUCAGGUGCCUAAAUUAAUCAAGGAGUAUAUAGAUGAGGUUACAACUCAAUUGAGAAUGGUUUGUGAUUCUGAUUCAGAGGAGCUAUCAUUAGAAGAAAAGCUUUCUUUCAUGCAUGAAACUAGGCAUGCAUUUGGGAGGACAGCUUUGUUGCUAAGUGGGGGUGCUUCUCUUGGAGCUUCCCAUGUGGGUGUAGUUAAAACACUGGUAGAACAUAAACUCAUGCCUAGGAUAAUUGCCGGUUCAAGUGUCGGAUCCAUUAUGUGUUCUGUUGUUGCCACUAGGAAUUGGCCUGAGCUUCAGAGCUUUUUUGAGGAUUCAUGGCACUCGUUGCAAUUUUUUGAUCAAAUGGGUGGGAUUUUUGCAGUUGUUAAGAGAGUCACAACAUAUGGUGCUGUUCAUGAGAUCAGACAGUUGCAAAUGAUGUUGAGGCAUCUAACAAGCAACCUUACAUUUCAAGAAGCUUAUGACAUGACAGGCAGAAUUCUUGGGAUUACAGUUUGUUCCCCAAGGAAGCAUGAACCACCUAGAUGUCUUAACUACUUGACUUCACCCCAUGUGGUUAUUUGGAGUGCAGUAACUGCUUCUUGUGCAUUUCCAGGCCUUUUUGAGGCUCAAGAAUUGAUGGCAAAGGAUAGAAGUGGAGAGAUUGUUCCUUACCAUCCUCCUUUUAACUUAGGUCCUGAAGAGGGCUCCACACCAGCACGCCGUUGGAGGGAUGGUAGCCUGGAGAUUGAUUUACCUAUGAUGCAGUUAAAAGAGCUAUUUAAUGUCAAUCAUUUCAUAGUUAGUCAGGCCAACCCUCAUAUUGCACCAUUAUUGAGAUUGAAAGAAUUUGUUCGGACUUAUGGGGGCAUCUUUGCUGCCAAGCUUGCUCAUCUUGUGGAGAUGGAGGUGAAACAUAGGUGUAAUCAAAUAUUGGAACUUGGUUUUCCAUUAGGUGGACUUGCUAAGUUGUUUGCACAAGAUUGGGAAGGUGACGUGACUGUUGUAAUGCCUGCAACUCUUGCUCAGUACUCCAAAAUUAUACAAAACCCUUCUUAUGGAGAGCUUCAAAAGGCAGCCAACCAAGGGAGAAGAUGCACUUGGGAGAAACUUUCAGCCAUAAAAGCAAAUUGUGGCAUUGAACUUGCUCUUGAUGAGUGUGUUGUAAUGCUCAAUCAUAUGAGAAGACUAAAGAGAAUUGCUGACAGAGCUGCAACUGCUUCUCAUGGUUUGUCCAAUACUGUCAAGUUCAGUGCUUCAAAAAGAAUUCCUUCGUGGAAUUGCAUGGCACGAGAGAAUUCAACAGGCUCCCUUGAAGAUCUUAAUGAUGUUUCCUCCUCAUUGCACCGUGACAGUGACUCCGAAAAUGUUGAUUUGCACUCUUGGACAAAAUCUGGUGGGCCUUUGAUGAGAACUACUUCGGCUAACAUGUUUGUCGACUUUCUUCAAAACUUGGAGGUUGAUACUGAACCAAAUAAAGGCUUAGUGAGUCAUGCUAACCCUCAUGAUUUUCAGUAUCGUAGCCCCAGGCUCACAACACCAGAUAGGAACUCUGAUAGCACAGAAUCUGAGCAAAGGGAAAUUGGCAACAGGGUUGUCAAUGGGUCUAGCAUACUAGUGACUGAAGGUGAUUUUUUGCAGCCUGAAAGAAUUCAUAAUGGGAUUGUGUUUAAUGUUGUCAAGAAAGGAAACUUGACACCCUUAAAUAGGAAUCAUGAUUCUGAAAACUACAACAGUGAAGUUGCUGAAUGUGUCCAUGAUGAGUGCCCACAGAAGGAGAUGGAUGGUGCUAGCUCAACUUCUGAAUGUGGAGAUGAUGAAUCCACACCAACUAGGUCCUCAACUGAAACUCCAAAUUACAAUUCCAACGGAAGUUCGGGUAUAGAUCAAAGCAUUGUUGACAGUUAGUUUCAGGUAUUAAUUCUUUUUCAGUGAUUUUUUAAUAUUUUGUUCUUACUUCCCUACCCAUUGUAAAUACUACUAAAUCUAGGCUUGGAGGGUCUCUAUUCAUGAUUUUGAUGGAAUAGCCCACCAUUUGGUAUACUCAUAAAUGUAAAGAGGAGAUUUUAUACACACAUUCCAAAACCACAUUGAUAAGUAUUGGU